AGACCACAAAGUAAAUUUGGCGGGAAUGUAAGAUGACAGUUCAUUAUAUUUUCCCAGUUGGUGGCAGUCCAUGGUUAAAGUCUCCUGAAGAAACUGAAGUCAACAGUUCAGAAAUAUCAACAAUUAUCUCAGACACUGAUCAUAUAAGUUUAAGUCUUCUAUUCCAAGCAGCAGUUUCCUAUGCUUCAGAGGAACUAGAUGUGACAUUUAUUUGCCAGAAACCACUUGUCACUCUUCCUAAAACUGUUCAUGGAAUGCCACAGCCUGAUGCCAAAACCAUUGGCACUGUCAAAUUCUUGUAUUUGUCUACAGUAGAGGAGUUAACAGAAUAUUGUUCGUCAGUUCAUCUCAAAACUGUUUUGCCAGAUAUCCUUAUUGUGUCAGAUUUUCACCAUUAUCUGAGUGAAGGACAUUCUUCCCUUGGAGAACACACAGCUGCUAAAUUGUUAGCACUUAUCUUAGAUGCAUUCUGUUAUAUUAAGAAGAAAAAGAACUCGUCUAAUCAUGCCCUGUUGAUGUCGUGUAAUAGUUCUAUUAAAUGGAUAAGUUCAGUUGCUAAAAAAAUCAAUUAUGCUGUUUUGAAAUUGACAGAAAGUGAAUUUAAGGAAAGCCAUUUAGAGUGGUCACAACAAAAUAAACACUAUUUAUUGAAAUUUGUGUCAGAGGAGCAAUUAUUCUUGAAGCAUUUAACAGUGAAAGAAGCAUAAUUCAAUAACUUAAAUAAGUUUAAGUACCUUGUUAUUUUUUUAUGAUUAAUAGAACUAGUGUCUAUAUUUAUAUUUGUGUUGAUCAAUAUAAUAAAAAAACCUGAACAAAAUAAAAUCACUAUUGACUUGA